AUGUUUCUUCAGGGACUGGUCACCGUUAUUACCUUGACCAUAUUGGGCGUGGCUAUUAUAGGGUACCACCCACUUCCUACAGGGCUAGAAAACCCCAUUAAAGUUCAGGUUGCUAUGGGCAUUUUGAAACUGCUGAGAGCUGUGCGCACUGUACAGGAAUACCUGGGUUACGGAAGCCCGUACCAAAAUGUGAAGUUACAUUUUCUCACACCUAAAACAGACGAUCCACCAAAAUCAGCAGCUAUAGGAGAUCUCAAGGUCACCAGGGAUACAAUAGCAGGCGUACCAGUGAUUGUCUAUCAACCUAAGGACAACUCUGGUCUAUAUCCUGCAAUUGUUUACUUCCAUGGAGGAGGCUGGGUUACUUGCAGUGCAGAUAUGUAUGACACUCUUAUGCAUGAAUAUGCAGUCAAAACUGGAACAGUUAUUAUUAAUGUUGACUACCGCCUGGCACCGGAACAUCCAUUUCCUACGCCUGUUCAGGACUGCAUUGAUGUAACCCGUUUUAUCUUACAACAUGGUGCUAAAUAUAACAUAGAUGUUACUAAAGUUGGUGUGGCAGGCGAUAGUGCUGGUGGAAAUCUAGCAGCUUCUGUGGCUUUGAAACUUACCAGGGAGCCGGACCUGCCUCGCUUACUUUUUCAGAUUAUCCACUACCCAGCAAUGCAAGCCUUCGACCUGCACCUGCCUUCAUAUAUCGAUCUAAACCAGUCAGUGCCGAUUCUGACACAAGACCAGAUGGCUGCUUUUUACGCUUACUAUAUGGGAGUCAACAGAGAAAAUAUAGAUCACUUUACAACUGUGAUCAGUGAGAACAGACACAUCCCUGCUGAUGUCAGGAAAUCCAAACUUGCUUCCUUUGUGGACGUUAAACUGCUGCCUCCACAGUAUCAAACACCAAAGAACCCUCGUCCAACUAUACAUUCUGACUACGACGCCCAAGUUUACGCACAAAUCAAAGACAUUGUCGCAGACCCACUGUUUUCUCCGCUGAUGGCACCUGAUUUGACUGGCCUGCCUCCAGCAUUUGUUCAGGUCUGUGAAUUUGAUGUGCUCCGAGAUGAUGGAUUUUUAUAUGCCAGGCGACUGCAGGAUGCAGGUGUGCAAGUCAAGCUUCAUUUCGGCAAAGGGGGCUUCCAUGGUGAUAUAAUAAUCUAUAUUUUUGUGCAGUUAAACAGUGCAGAGUCCUGCUUGUCUGAGGUUUACAGUUUUGUUAAAGACAGACUGGGCAAAUAA